UCAAAACUCUUUGCACAUAGUUUCUUUGGCCCCCAUUCUUCAAAAUUUCUGUUUUUAAAUUUUAACUUUUGCGAAAUUUGAUGAAAAUUAACCGUUAACUGUGACAUGCUCCAUUAAACUAUCUCGGUUCAAAAACUCUCCAUAAUGGCUUUGAAAUUGUGUAUAUCAACUGCUGCCAAUUAUAUAGUCAAGUACUUGCGUGCCCAAUUAGUCCCUAAGAUAUAUUCGAAUAAUUUGUACAAGAUCUGGCGUCAAAAUGAUCUUACGCCCACAUAUUCCACAGGCAACGCAAAAUCCAAAUCUGAAAAAAAAUUAGUUUCAUUUAAGGAAUCAAAACGAUUUAUUUAUGAUUGUUUCGUUGCCUCUGAUGUACCCAAAGAUCAUGCUAAGGCCAUGGCUGGCAUAUUGGCGAGUUGCGAUUACCGUGGUAUAAUGAGUCAUGGUAUGAAUCGACUCGAAAUGUAUAUGAAGGAAAUUAAAAGUGGAAACACUGACCCUUGUGCUAAACCCAAAAUUUUGUCCGAAACCUCAGCUGUGGCCUGGGUAGAUGGUCGACAUGGUUUAGGUGUUGUUGUUGCUGAAUUUUGUAUGGAUUUGGCUAUAAAAAAAGCGAAAAAGAUUGGCGUUGGUUGGGUGAGUGCAAAAAACUCAAAUCAUUAUGUUGUGCCAGCACUAUACUGUCUAAGAGCAAUGAAGCAGGGAUUAAUAGGUAUUACAAUGACAAACACUUCACCACUAAUGGCACCAAAAGGUGCGAAACAUGCGAUUCUUGGUACAAAUCCCUUAUCUAUUGGUGCUCCAGGAUGUGAUGAUCAGUUUCUGUUCGAUGUGGCCACAACCCAAGUUGCUUUAGGAAAACUUGAACUGGCUAAACGUAAAGGAUCAACAAUACCCGAAGGCUGGGCAUUAGAUAAAGAAGGAAAGCCAACGACAGAUGUGAAUAAAGCUCUUGAAGCUAAUAACUUACUACCAUUGGGAGGUCUUGAAUUUGGAUAUAAGGGUUACGGUUUAGGUGCAGCUGUGGAUGUUUUAUCGGGAGUUUUGUCAGGUGCAACAUAUUCAACAAUGGUUGGUGGUAGAGGCAAACCAAAAAACUUGGGUCAAUUAUUUGUGGUAAUUGAUCCAUGCUUUUUCGCACCAGAUUUUCAACAGCGUCUAACUCAUUUCAAUUGCCUUUUAAGAAAUUGUGAAGUGGCUGAUCCAAAGAAUCCAAUUCUUGUGCCAGGUGAUAUAGAAAUCAAGCGAUUAAAACAAGUAGAAAAAGCUGGUGGCAUUGAAUACACAGACAAUCAAUUAAAAACUUGUGAAAAUCUGGCAAAUAAACUAAAAGUGAAGCCAUUACAGUUUGAAUGAGUCCAUAACAUCAACAAUCCCUAACAUAUGUUAAUUGUAUUGUGAAUUUCUAUGAUUGUACCGAGAUGUGUGAAGCAUGUUUUAAAUUCUGAACAGUA